UCGCAGAGAUGUCUAGUCUACAGUCAGAGUACAGUCAUGAACACUACAUAGUCAUUGUAGGAAAAUACAUUGUAUGUAGAUGAUUGUACUGAUUCAAACGGUUGCAAUGAUUGUUCCACUUCCAGUUCCUAAGUAAUUAGUUUCAAGAGGUUAGUGGCUUUGUUACUCACAUCAUGAUGGCGCUAUCGCCGUUCAGCCUAGCGCUGGGCAUACUACAUGUGCUUAUAAUAAGCUGCUGGCAUACAGCCCAGGUGGACGGAGUAAAGUCUGCGGCCACUAUCGACGAGCAGAUAUUCAGUGCGUCCGCGGGCAGGCCAAAUUUCAUUCUCAUCCAAACUGAUGAUGAGGCAAGAUGGGAUAUGAUUGCAAUGAACAAGACUGCUCGCUUGCUCCGCGACCAAGGAGCUACGCUCAAUAACUACAUGGUCAACACGCCCGUUUGCUGUCCCUCCAGGACGGAGAUCUUCUCCGGAAGGUACUACCACAACAUAGGCGCACCUAACGGUUCUUGCAUGCACGUCAACUCCAAGCAGUGGGUGUUCGAUGACACAAGUCUCUUCUCCACACUGCAGUCGAAUGGCUAUUUGACGGGAGUUUUCGGAAAGGUUACGAAUGAUCAGGGUGGGUAUUUCUGUAAGGAGAAGAUGGACGCCGGAAUGACGAUGAUCAGCUCGCCUUGUGACUACAAUAGCUUCUACUCGAGCCAGUAUUUCGUCAAAUUAGCAAAUGGGACGAAAUAUGUGGAAAAGUUGAACCCCAAGUUGCCAACAACUUACCAAACAUCACAGCUCGGGAAUCGCUCUAUUUCCUGGAUCAAAGACAUAGUGAAGACAGAUCCAGGAAAGCCAUUCCUUGCAUACAUUGGACCACAUGCUCCUCACUAUCCUGCCAGUCCAGCCCCGUGGUACCAGGGCAACAAUAUCUUUGAAAACAUCAAAGCGCCUCGGACACCUAAUUGGAACGUAUCAUGCCCAGAUAAACACCCAGCAAUUUCCUCGAAUCCGCCUCUUAAUGCAGAGGCCACCCUAUAUCUCGAUCACAACAAUCAAGUUCGUCUGCUUAGUCUUCUCUCCGUGGAUGAUAUCAUUGAUGCAGUGUACAGCACGCUAAAGGACUUGGACCUUCUUCAAAACACGUACAUCAUCUUUACAAGCGACCACGGAUACCACUUAGGCCAGUGGCGGGUGCCCAGCAGCAAACUAUUGCCGUACGAUACCGACAUCUUCGUGUCAACGUUCAUUCGCGGACCUGGCAUUGAAGCCGGCUCCAAGGUGGAUGCGGUGGUGGGCAAUGUGGACAUUGCGCCAACCAUUCUAGACCUGGCCGGCAUUGCAGUACCCAAGGGCAUGGAUGGCAAGAGCAUGGCUGGACACCUCCUGGCUCAGCAUGGCACCGGCGCAGAACUGCCCAAAACCGAGUGGAGAGAAGCGUUCCUUAUAGAGUUCAAGUCGGCCGGUCGCCUAGAUAACAGCCACACGGUGGAGUGGUGGCCUGGCGAGGACUUCAUUGGAGUUUUGAGAAAGUCGCCGGCCGCACCGUGUAAGAACUGUGCGCACUGGUGGAUAGAUGGUCCCAGCAAUACGUACCGUGCACUGCGCCUGAUCAACGCCACUCAUAACAUCAUGUAUGCUGAAUUCAAUGCUGACUGGCAGUUCGACAACCAAACAGCCGUCUUCCACGAAUAUUACGACAUUACUGAAGACCCAUACCAGAUGAAAAACACAUACAGCAAGAUAUCAUCUUCCUUGCAGAUGUCUCUUCAUGAACAGCUGCACACGUAUGCAAUGUGCGCCGGGGGACAAGAAAACGGAAAUUGUCCUUAGGCAUUCUAAAACAAGAAUAUAAUAGUGAAGAGAGAGCCAGAGAGAGAGAGAGAGAGAGAGAGAGAGAGAGAGAGAGAGAGAGAGAGAGAGAGAGAGAGAGAGAGAGAGAGAGAGAGAGAGAGAGAGAGAGAGAGAGAGAGAGAGAGAGAGAGAGAGAGAGAGAGAGAGAGAGAGAGAGAGUGUGUGUCCCAUAAUUAUGGUGCAAUGGUAUUUGCAGCGAUUUCCAAUCGAGAGGUUGCGGGUCCGAUACCCAACGAUUAUGGACACACACGUCUUUCUUUUCUUUCUCACACUCCUGACUUUUAUUUCAUUCUGCUGGGUAGUUACCAACAGCCAGCGCAUGUCGGAGUAUGUGGUGUGAUGUGUGUGUGGGAAAAAAUGAAAAAGACCAAAAAGUA